AUGACUUGGGCGAGGAGCGCGUGGAGGGUUGUGAAGCGCAUAAUUUGUUUGAGGGUAAUCUACUUAGCGCCAGCAGCUGUGUAUAGCAGCAAGCGCAAGCAGGGCGUGGUUGAUCUUGAUCCUGGUCCGCAGCCGAAGAAGCCAGAACCCUCUACUGCUCUGCAGACGCCAACCCGGGUUGAAGACUGCAUCUGGGUCGCUUGUACUUCGAAGAAUGCUGGCGCCACAGCCAAUUCCGAGGCUAGGAAUACGGCAUUGGGUCUGACACGCCUGGAACAAAUUGGGGAUGGUUCAUACGAGCCAGGCACAGCGGCGCCACGGGCGAGCGCGCGCUUCAUUGACGGAUUGGAUGCUCUAGAUCCCGACUUCGAAGACGCUCACGAUGCCGCGCUGGCCGCCGCCGAUGCCGCUGCCUGCGAGGCUCGCGAGGAUGCUGCUGCCUUACAGUAG